CUCAGCUGACUCUGAUGACCAUGAAUUUGACCCAUCUGCUGAUAUGCUAAUUCAUGAUUAUGAUGACGAAAGAACAUUGGAAGAGGAGGAAAUGAUAGAGGGAGAGACAAAUUUUAGCUCAGAAAUAGAGGAUCUUACAAGGGAAGGAGAGAUGCCUAUUGAUGAACUGCUUAGUUUGUAUGGCUAUGGAAGUACAGUUCCCUUUCCUGGAGAGGAGGAAGAGGAUGACGAAGGGGAUGAAGAUGAUGAAGAUGUGGAUAAUGAUGGAAACAGUGGCUGCAGUGGAGAUAAGGAAGAAACAGUUAAGAAUUCAUCAGGUCAGGAAGAUGAAAUUCAUUCUUCUAAUGAUGAAUGCACACCAUCUGUUGCCUUUCAGGAAGCACCUGAGAUUACCCGCCCACGCAGAUGCAAAUAUUUUGAUACAGGCAAUGAAAUAGAAGAUGACUCUGAAGAGGAUGCUGACUAUGUUCCCUCUGAGGACUGGAAAAAGGAAAUUAUGGUGGGUUCAAUGUUCCAAGCUGAAAUCCCAUUUGAUACCUGUAUAUACAAAGAGAAUGAAAAAGUGUAUGAGAAUGAUGAUCAGUUGCUAUGGAACCCAGACUUCCUUCCCGAAGGUGAAGUGGUAGAUUUUCUUGCUGAAGCUUCCAGGCGAACAGGAGAAGAAAAAAAUGUUGAUGCAAUUCCAGAAGGAUCUCAUAUCAAGGACAAUGAACAGGCACUGUAUGAGUUGGUGAAAUGUAAUUUUGAUGUAGAAGAAGCACUGAGAAGAUUACGAUUUAAUGUGAAAGCUGCUAGAGAAGAACUGUCUGUCUGGACAGAGGAUGAAUGCAGAAAUUUUGAGCAAGGUCUGAAAGCAUAUGGAAAAGAUUUUCACUUGAUUCAAGCAAACAAAGUAAGAACAAGGUCAGUAGGGGAUUGUGUGGCAUUUUAUUACAUGUGGAAGAAAUCUGAACGUUUUGACUUCUUUGCACAACAAACACGCUUCGGGAAAAAGAAAUACAAUCUUCACCCUGGUGUGACGGAUUACAUGGAUCGUCUCCUGGAUGAAAGUGAAAGUACUACUUCUAGCCGUGCACCAUCCCCCCCUCCCACCACUUCAAACAGCAGCAAUAGUCAGUCUGAAAAAGAAGACAGCACACUCAGCAACAGUAAUCAUAAUGAUGCUAAUGAGCAAGACCACAAGAAGAAGAAGCCAGUCCUGUGGCUUAAAGGUGUAUCUGUUAAUGGCCGUCCAGCAGCAUCGAAUGCAAACAAAGUAAAAGAUGAAUGCUUUCAUGCCAAUGGCCCCCACACUGAUGCUCAAGAACCCCUUUAUGCAGAAACAGAUAGUAAUGGGUGUGAAAAGAAGGACCUUUCACCUGAUUUGAAGUGCAUUAGUGUGACUGCUGUCAGUCAAAAUUGUGAGCCUGAGGAAACUGUUGAAAGGCCUCCAAAGAGGUGUAGACUUGACAACAGCGAAAAUGAAAAUCAGAGUGCCUCAGUAUGUGUGCAGGAAGAAAACUUGCAUCUGAAUUCUGAAGAAAUGGAAACAGACAUUCUGAAUUCUAGACAUUCUUAAAAUGAAGAACCAAAAUUUUUAAAGAAUGAACUGUGGAGUGUUUAGAACAGUAAGACUUUGCGGGUGACCUAAAAUAAUGAACCGCUGCCAUAGAAGAAGAAAUUUAUUCUUAUUGCUUUGAAAUGUUUACAUUCUUUCUUUCAUUAGAUACCUGGUCUCCAUGAAAAAAAAACUUGUUUCACCAAGGAGAUGGACCAUGUUUUUAAGUAAUUUGUCAUUGCUUUUUUGAAAUGCAUUCCUGAAGUUUCUUGGCAUGAUUUUUCUAUGCCUAGAGUCUGCUAUGAAUAUUUGAAAGUCUGUCUACAGGUGAUGUGGAUUUGUGCACAGAGCCACUUUAGAAGCUUAAAUCCUGCUAUGGAAAUGCUGAGCUUCUGACUAGUAACUAGCUGCAGAACUUUUUUCUCUCGUGUCAUGUCUCGUGCCACAGAGUUCACCGGGUUGGGGUGGGGGGCAUCUCAGUAUUCUGUCUAGUCAUAUGAUACUUUACCAUUGAGUCUGAUCUUUUGUAAGCCUUUUGGAGGGAAGCAUACUAAAUGAGAUUAUUCUUCUCUCUCUCUUUCUAUAGAAAAGACAAAAGAUCCAUAUAUUUUCUGCCCUGAUUAAUCUCAGGGUACUAAACCUAAGAUGAAAUGAUUUAGGGUAAUCAUUAUUCCUUGUUAAGAAAAAGAAAAAUGAGCAUGUUUUAUUUUUAUGAAGCUAAAUAAGUCUAGUGGAUAUUCAUUGGGUUUAUUUAUGAAGUUUAUGACAUCAGUGAUGUCUUCUGUAUUGUACAUUAUCUGGGUUUAAGAAAUACAUUAUGUAUUUUUCCAGAUCCUUUUGUAGCCUUUGAAAUAUUUUUAGAAUAUUUGUGAAUUGAUUCAGCAGUCUUUUCUGUAAAGCCUGUAUAGUUUCUUAAGUUGUACAGUUCUUAAACUUUAUCUUGGAAAAUGUUUCAAUAAUCUAUUGUUUGUCAUUACAUUUGCAAAAAUGUUUUUAAUCUGCUCUUUUUUAUUUAAAAAAAGUUUUUAUAGCAUCUUUAAAACUGUAGACAAGGGCACAAUUCUUUACAUGAAAAGUCUAAUGUUUCCUGAUAAAGUUGUGUAUUUUAUUAGCAGACAAAGAACUUUGCACUGUACUUGUUUUAUUCAAGCUUAUUUAGUUGUAUUUAAAUUCUUUUAAAGAUGCUGCAGAAAAAUACUGAAACAUCUUUGUGUUA